GACCAUCCGUCAGACUGACAGAUUUAUGGAGAAAAAGUCGCCAAUGAAGACUGUGGCGACGAGUGAGACCCAACCCACCUGUGGGAGGUGAUCCGCGUGUUCCGCAGAGGACUCGGAUAGCGGUGGGUUUGAAGCUAUUGAUAUGCUGGAGGCGUACAGGCGCAUCGCGCACUGGAGAAAUAGUUGAGAGAAAACACUGCGUGCGCAAUACAGGGCUUUGGACGCCAUUUGAGUGUUCGCCAUUCCUCAUGCGUGGUCAGUUUGUAUCAGAUUGUGUUACACCUUCAUCAAAAUGAUAGCUGACCCGGUUCGGGUCCAAUCCGAAAGACCCCUACGAGAUUUGCUAUUUAGGUCGGCGCUAUUACCGGAGUUCUGUCAUAAUGGAAACCACCGGCAGUGUGCGUAAUUGUUGUGACAGAGACACAACUGGUCCCAUUCACUGAAACAGCAAAAAACUCGGAGCAGCUGCCGAUAAAUACGAAUGGACAUAUUCUUGGAACCGGAUAUCCAGAAGGUCAGCUGUUCGAACCAGUGGGUGACAUUUGUAUGACGGUGAGAUGAGCGAGUCUGAACUUCAGCCUAAUCACGAAACGACGGUAUCGUUACCGAUAUGAUGUCGUACUGAAGAGCACUGCAGGCGGUUAAAAGGAUGGAAAGGUGAAGGACGCGUCCCUUUGAGUUUUUCUUAACCAACUGCGGAGCGACAGUGCUUUGUGGAAAAUGACACCCAUUCUUCUACAUGUGAUUUUUAUGCUGUGUGGAGGUCAUAUACUUCACGCAGGGGCAAAUCGGCCUUCCGCCCCCAUCAACGUGUCCAUCACACACCUGCGAGCUGACUCGGCGACCGUGUCUUGGAACAUUGUGGACGGAGAUGUUGUCAUUGGUUAUGCUAUCUCACAGCAGAGGCAGGAUGGCUUGGCACAGAGGUUCAUCAGAGAGGUGAACACCAGCAGCCGGGCUUGUGUGCUCUGGAACCUGGAUGAGGAUACUGAUUACAUCAUUCAGGUCCAGUCCAUUGGCCUGCAUGGCGAGAGCCAAGCAAGCAAGAGGAUCCAUUUCAGAACACUAGAGGAGUCGGAUCGCUUUCAGUCAAGCCUAAUGGACCAAGAUGACCCUUCAGUGGAGGGCCUGGACAUGUCCAGACAGCUGCAGACUGGAGAGAUGGUCAUUAUUAUGACAGUACUAAUCAUGUGGGCAGCUGUCAUAGCACUGUUCUGUAGGCAGUAUGACAUCAUCAAAGACAAUGACUCCAACAACCACAGCAAAGAGAAGGCCAAGCCCCCCUCAGAGCACAGUACUCCCGAGUACCACAAUGGAGGCUUAUUAGGCAGUAAGUUUCAAAGAACCACAUCAUCAAUUAGUAUCAUCAAGGUCUGACCCAGGCCUCCACUAGGCCAGGGUUCUAGCUUAGCUCCUACCUCUACAUUAGACCUCCAACUGACUUGAGCAACCACUUUUCGUACCAGGCUCUGACCCUGGCUACUACUAGCCACUUACCUGUCCCAGCCCCAGAGGUGUGGCUCAGACACCUGCUUGGCACAUGACCCUGUCACCUCACACAACGGCUCCAGUGUCCUCCCACCUGACCAGGCCUCCUCUGACAUGACCCCUGGAGCUAUGUGAUCCUGCAGGCUACUCUUAGUCAAGCAAGGAAGGGAUCGCCUGAUCCUGAUUCCCACCUGACCCAACAGCACUGGCUUGGCCCUUCCUGACCCCGUGCACAAUCCCGAUCAGUUCUUGAAUCAGCUGAGCCAAACCCCUCCCACGAAAACUGGUGUGACCUUCUUGCCUGGGCAGAGUGCCACCUUAUCUGGCCACUCAACUGCACGGCACUUUUAUCUGGCUCAUCACAUUUUUUCAUAAUAUGACUACUUAGGUUGCCUCAAGGCACACAGAACUGGGUUUGGGUGUCAUGUCAUGGAUGCAUUUAGCUGUGAUCCAACAGGGACAUCUGAAGACAUUUGAGUAGCCCACAUGGACCCCACUUGAAUUCCAAGUGGACCUACUUGUGUGUGUGUGUGUGUGUGUGUGUGUGUGUGUGUGUGUGUGUGUGUGUGUGUGUGUGUGUGUGUGACUUAUUUUCGAUCACACUCUGUAUAUUGUUAUGUGGAGAGUAGAGUAGGCAAAGGAAACUACUUAUGUGUGUGUUAAUGAAACUAUGGAGAAAACUGCCAGAAUUCAUAUUUGCAUUAAAACACUGUCUGAUGAAUGGAUUGAGAUGUGCCUGUCAGAAAAUUGGGACUUAUAUGCUAAAAUGGGCAUUUUCAGAGAAACACUGUUGAUGUUUUUGAUGUUUACUAGAGAACAGAAUAGUUAAACCUACUGUCUUAACAUUGAUAAUCCAGAUGGUUAAUUUAGGCUAGGCCUAUGUUACAGAUUUCAUUAAAGAUGUGGGGUAAACAACCUUUUUAAGUAUGUUGCACUUGUUCUGUACACACUAAAAGGACCUCUGGACAGUGGGACUUAUUUUACCCAUGUGGACAUACAGUAAGGUCCACUAGUCACCACUUAAGGAAGAAAAAAGGAGGCCUAGAAGUAGUGUGUUUUGUUUUGUUUUUACAAUAAGACCUUGUACCUCUGGCAUUGCCUAGGCAAGUGAUAUUUUCAGGUCCUAAAAUGUACAUGCAAAAGUGUUAAUAAAUAAUAAGCUACUUAUAUAAUAAGUAUAUAAGUAUAGAAUAACAGUCUUUCAUGGACAUAGGCUACUUGUAUUAUUUUCACUCGCUUGGGGCUCCCAUACUAGGCUACUUAUGGAAAUAGGCAGGUUAAAUGACACAAAGUGCUUUUAAAAUAUAUUUUUAAAUUAUGUAUCUCAUUAUAAUCACAGUUUGUAUUGCUAUGUUGUUUAUUGAGUUAUAAAAUAAAGUCUUUGAGCU